AGAGGCACACAGGGCGUCCGCGCUUCUCCCGACCGCUGCGCGGCCUGAUAGGACCGGCCCCUCCCGAGUGGGAGUUGUCUCAUCUCCAUACGGCGGUUCUGCCGUUCCUGUAUUGCUACCAGUCUAAAGAGCAGCAAGUGGACCUGUCCCUACUGCCGGGCCUAUCUUCCCUCGGAGGGCGUUCCUGCCACGGACGUGGUGAGGAGGAUGAAGGCGGAGUACCGGAACUGCGCCGAGUGCGACACCCCGGUUUGCCUUAGUGAGAUGCGGGCUCACAUCAGGACUUGUGAGAAGUACAUCGACACAUAUGGACCACUCCAAGAGCUCGAGGAGCCCGCCACAAGUUCUAGGUGUGUAUGUCCAUUUUGCCAGAGGGAAUUGGAUGAAGACAGCCUGCUGGAUCACUGUAUCACUCAUCACAGAUCUGAAAGGAGACCCGUGUUCUGUCCACUUUGCCGUUUUCUACCAAAUGAGAAUCCAGGCACCUUCCAGGGCAGUUUAAUAAGACAUUUGCAAGUCAACCAUACUCUGUUUUACGGUAACUUCAUAGACUUUAAUAUAAUUGAGGAAGCUCUUAUCCAAAGAGCCUUAGACCAGUCACUUCUUGAGUAUGUGAAUCACUCGGACACCACAUAAUUUUAUGAACAGGAAGGGGAGCAUUCAACUGUACUGUUUCAGACACUGCUUGAACAAUUGGAGGGAAAUUGUCAGUUUGAUGGGGUGAAAAGAACAACCCAGCUGUAUGUUAUAUUAUGGUUGUGUUGCAUUCAAAAACCUCAUUUUGAUGGUUUGAAUGUUUUAUGUAUUUUCUUGGAGACUAGGCUCUGUCAGUUAUCAAUAUAUGGAAGACACACAGGCUGAGUAUUAAGGUGGAGAAUCUCUACUGCACAUUGGAUGACAUUAGGUGUAAUGCUACGUAUUAACAACUACCAUCGUGGUCAGACACGAUAACUAACCUUUGUUCUAUGUAAGAAGAUGGACAGUGAAACAAUGCAGAUAUUCAAGGGAAUAUGGAACGUGUUCCAGUGCUCUUCUUCUAACCUGUAACAGAAUAACAUGAAUAAUCUUGUGUUCGACUAGAACAGGACAAUUUUGAAGUCAACAAAGAUCACUGAACCAAAUUAUAUUAUGUAAUACUGUAACAAAAUAAAUUUUGUGUUAGCAAUGUGUACUUAAUUCUUUGACUUUUUAUAUGCACACAUAUGAACUUAAUACUUUUCAAAUAUUUGUAGCUUGUUAUUAAAAAUAUUUCUU